AUGUCCCACGUGGAAGUCUUCUCAAUCGCAACCUCGCUCAUCGCCUCAGGCGGGAUCGCCACCCUGACAUUCUUCGACGUUCCCGAACUCCAAUCUCAACCCGCAUCGCGCUCUCUUCCCUCCAUUAGGUGGCUCUUUAGUCGCGGCUCUCACGUCUUCCCCUCCGCUUCGCUACUUUCGACGAUCGGGUUUAUAUACUCUGCCUCAGCCAGCAAUGGCAGCUCCACCCUAUACUCAAUCUCGACCAACACACCUAAAGCAAAUGGGUUUUUACUGGCUGCAGCACUUUCAUUUGGCAUCGCGCCUUUUACUCAACUUAUGAUUCCUACCAAUUUUGCGCUUAUCAAGAAGAACAAUGAAUUGGGUGGGGCUAGGAGUAGGAAAGCAGAUGGUAGUAAGACUGAUAGAAGUGCGUUAGACUCCGUCAUGGGUAGUGGUGAAGGCGAUGAGUUCACGGAUUUAAGUGGACCUCAAGAACGUACGGAAAAAGACUCGAGUCAAGAACAGGAUGAGGAAGUGAGACAGCUGUUGGAAAAGUUCCGUUGGCUCAAUCUUGUCAGAGCUGUCCUCAUUGGAGCCGGAGGUGUCGUUGGUCUGUACGCAGCCCUGUAA